GGCUCAGCCGAGUCGGGGCAAAUCGUGGCGCUCUGGGGCGCGGACACCGGCGAGCCCCUCGCGGCUUUCCGCCAGCGCUACCUUUUUGGGGCAGAAAACGGCCGCUGGCGGCUCCUCCGCAGCACUGAGGGUGCCGGGGGCUCCUCGGGGCGCAUCCACGUCUCCGGUGGACGGACGGACGGACGGACGCUGCCGGCGGUCUCCCGGAGCCGUUUGUUCCGUUGCCAUGAGAACCGGCGCUGCCGCACAGAGGGACGGGGACGGAGCCGCCCGCGUCCACGGCAGCCUCGGCUCUGCCUCCCCCCCGCGGGGGCUCCCCGAAAUCCCCCCCUUGCCCAGCGCUUCCAGGCUUCCCAGCGAGAUCCGCCGGCUCCACGUCCCUCCAGCCCCUCGCGUGGGGCCGGCGGCGGGGGACGAUGCGCCGGGAGCAGCUCGGGCUGUAGAUUUUGGAGAUGCAGAGACCGACGGCCUCCCCGGCAGAGGUCCACGGCGAGUCCGCCGGCAGCUGGGGCUGGCGCCGGGGAGCCGGUGGCAGGUCCCCCCCCGCCCGCUGCGCGCCCGCUCUCCAUGCGAGCCGCGGCCAAAUGGAUGCGAUCGCGAGCGGCGGCCUCAAGAGGAAGUUCGAGGAUGCGGACGUGGGCUCCCCGGCCUCCAACUCGGACGAUGAAAUCUCCAACAGCGACAGCGCCGACAGCUGCGACAGCGUCAACCCCUCCAGCUCCACCGGCUUCAUACCCACCUCCAUCCUGAAGAGGCAGAAGCAGCUGCGCAGGAAGAAUGUGCGCUUCGACCAGGUGACGGUGUACUACUUCGCCCGGCGCCAGGGCUUCACCAGCGUGCCCAGCCAGGGCGGCAGCUCCCUGGGCAUGGCGCAGCGCCACAACUCGGUGCGCCGCUACACGCUCUGCGAGUUCGCGCAGGAGCAGGAGGUGAACCACCGGGAGAUCCUGCGGGAGCACCUCAAGGAGGAGAAGCUCCACGCCAAGAAAAUGAAGCUCACCAAGAACGGCACGGUGGAGUCCGAGGAGGCGGAGGGGCUGACGCUGGAGGACGUCUCAGACGACGACAUCGACGUGGAGAACGUGGAGGUGGAUGACUACUUCUUCCUGCAGCCCCUGCCCACCAAGCGGCGCCGGGCACUGCUCCGCGCCUCCGGCGUGCACCGCAUCGACGCCGAGGAGAAGCAGGAGCUGCGGGCCAUCCGCCUGUCACGGGAGGAGUGCGGCUGCGACUGCCGCCUCUACUGCGACCCCGAGGCCUGCGCCUGCAGCCAGGCGGGCAUCAAAUGCCAGGUGGACCGCAUGUCCUUCCCCUGCGGCUGCUCGCGGGACGGCUGCGGGAACAUGGCCGGCCGCAUCGAAUUCAACCCCAUCCGGGUGCGGACUCACUACCUCCACACCAUCAUGAAGCUGGAGCUGGAGAACAAGCGCCAGGGAGCCCGGCCCGCCGAGGAGGAGGCGGCGGCGGCGGCGGCAGCAGCACAGGGCUCCGGCAGCGCCUGGCCGGGGACGCAGCCGCCGGAGACGCAGGACUUCCAGGAGUUCAUGGCGGAGAACGAGACGGCCGUCAUGCACCUGCAGACGGCAGAGGAGCUGGAGAGGCUGAAGGCCGAGGAAGACUCGAGCAGCAGCUCCGGCGUGGAGAGCUUGGGCGUCUGCAUCCUGGAGGAGCCCCUGGCCGUGCCGGAGGGUUUGUGCCCCGGCCUCGCCGCCCCCAUCCUCAUCCAAGCCCAGCUGCCGCCGGGUUCCUCCGUCCUCUGCUUUGCCGACGGCACCGAGCAGGCGGCGGCGGGCAACCAGCCCUACCUGAACGGUGGCCCGGUGGUCUACUACCAGGUGGAGCAGCGCACCGUGCUGGGCACCAAGGGCGAGAGUGGCCCCGAGGAGCUGGAGGUGCCCCCGACGUACCCGAGCGAGAAGGACCUGAGCGUCAUCUCCGUCCCCGUGGCGUCGCUGGUGACUUGCGGCCGAGCCACCGCUGCUCCGAGCAAGGGAGAAGCGGCAAAAGCCCCGGCUCCGGAGGCUGCAGCCGCUGGUGAGGGCUGCCGUGCGGCGCCCGCCUCUCCCUCUUGCACAAACUCUCCGUCCCCUGCACCGGAGCAAGCCCUGGAGCGAGCGCGGGAGCUGCCCGACGCCGAGGAGCGCGCGCUGGGAGCCGCCCUGCCCGUCUGAGCAGCCGCGGGCGCCCCUUCCUCUAUUUAUUGACGAUUAUUUGACGGACCAGCAGCGGCCACGCGAGGUUAUUUAAUUGCGGGGGGGGGGAGGGGAGCGGGGCUGCUUUGUACAGGUGAUUUUAAACGAGCCCAGGCAGGUGCUGCUCGGAGGCGGCUCCUUGUGCUUGGCGCUGGGCGCGCUCCCCAGGACCACGCCGCGUGGCCGCGUCUCGGAGCAGUAGACUCGAGGCCUCCGUGCUCGGCUGCUUUCAGGUGGCCGCGGCCCCGCUGCUCGCCCUCCUCGCGCCGCCAGCCCAGCAGGGACGGUUUCGGGGCUCGGCCACCGCCCGCGGCCGCUCGGUUGCCGUCCGCAUGCGAACGCAGCCUCCUGCUUCUCCCCGUCCUCCGCCUCUGCAGCUGCCCUGCUGCAGCGCCCGCCUGGGCACCUUCUCCCCUUGUCUUUUAAACAGAAGACGACCUUUUUAGUUUUGUUUUUUUUUUUUUUAAUGUGUUGAAUGUUUACCAGGCUGUGCCGCAGCCUAGCAUCUCUCCAGGUGCCGCACCAGCCCCUCCUGUCCGGCACUGCCCCGUUGCACCCGGGCAGACAUCGGGCAGGCAGGGACGGAGCGGUGAAGACCCCACGCUGGUGGGGGAGGUCCCUAACCUCCCUUUAGCUGCACAACAGGGGGGGGAAGACGGCCCACAAACUCUCCUGGAAGGUUUUUUUGCUCAUCACCUCAUUGCUUUUAAUGACACCCGGCUCCGUGCCGCGGGGGCAGCGCGGCGGGAGGAGAGCCCCGUCCGGCCACCACGUCCGUCCGUCCGUCCGUCCGCCCCCGCCAGCCUGCAGGAGGGGCAGAGGCGAGCGCGUCCGCUUUGCCCCCUCGCCGGGCGGUGAAAGCACUUUGCAGCCCCCCGGGGGUUUGUUCCCCAGCGCUGCUCCUUCGAGCUCCUCACACCAACCCCGCGGGGCCGAGGGGAGUUUGGCCACGCUGCACGCGGAGGGGCAGGACCCAGCGAGCAGCAGAGCUCCCCUGCCCUUCUGCAGCGGUUUCCAUCUCCCCCCCCCCCAGUGGGACAACGCCAUCCGAGCUGGGGACGGGAGCUCAGCGCUGCUCCAGCCCCAGCCACGCCGCGAGCACCCCCUGCCCGAGGGCGCAGACGGACUCCAGCUGAGCAAACCUCGCAGGGAGACCGCAGCGAGGGGGAGGAGAGGGGCACACGGAACCCCCCCGGGAGUCCCCGACUGCCGUGCCGGAGCGGAGGAGAAGGUGCCGAGCUCCGAAGCUGUUCCUGAAGCCUUUCCCCGCUGCCCACGAGCUUCCUCCUGCCGCCGGAGGAUGGAAACCCAAUACAGCCCCGGGCUGCUGCCGCCCUCUCAUUUCCUUUGCAAACGCUGCUGCUGGCAGGAGCCCCCCCCCCCCCCCCACUCCAAAGGGACGUUUGUGCCCCCCAACCCCCCCCCCCCCAGCCCUGGGGAGCGGGGAGAGCGGACUGGGACAAACUGUGUUCUGCACAAGUGCUUUAAUUGUUCGGGCUUCGUUUUGUUUCACGGCUCUUCUCCUGCUUCUGCUUGGUGGCCGCUCGCUGGGGUCUGGGGGGGGUGGGGGGGGGGGCCUCCGAGCUGCUCCCACCCCCGCCGGUGGCAGGCUGGGACCUUUUGGUGCCCCUCUGAGCGGCUGCAGCGGGGCCUCGGGUGGCACACAGCAGCUCCGCGGGCGGCUUCGUGUGCCCAGGGCCGUCCCCGUUCUCCGCAGGCUCGCACAGAGCCCGGGAGGUGCAGCUUGGGGGGGGGGGGGGGGGGCUCCAGCUUUGGGGCUCGGUGCCUCCUGCCCCAGCGCGCUCCCUCCUGCCUUACCGGCACGGCCGGGACCCAAGGGCUACGUCCCGGCUCGGGCUCUGGGAGGAACGACGCCUUACCCGGGGCCGUGCCUCCCCCCCCCCCGCCCUCCGUCUGGGGGGGCUGCCGUGCCCCCCCCCGUUCCCUGGCCGGCGAGGGCACGGGGCGGGCGUCCUCCUGUGCAAAACUCUGAGCUGCCAAGCCAGAGCAAACGGUGACACUUGAAUAGGAUUAAAUCUUUGGAGUUUUUUUUUUUUUUUUUUUUUUUGGGGGGGGGGGGGGCGGGGGGGGGGGGUGUUUUCUUGGUUUUUCCUUUCGUUUAAAUGACUUCAGCGCUCCCCAGCUCAGACACCGCAGCCGCAACCGAAGCCGGGUGAGGCAGCGAGGCCGGGCUGCGCGCGGGACCCGAGGGCAGGACGCCCGCUGGGCUGGGCUGGGCGCGCUCACACUAAGCAAAGAACUAAUCGGAGUUGCUCUAUUUUUACAAAGAUAACUAUGCUCUUAAUAGUGCAAUGAAAGUGCAUUCCUGCCUUUUUCGUUCGUUUUCGACACUCACUGACACUAACGCUGGCACCACGCCGGCUCUUACUGACCCAUCAGCUGCGCCACGAACCGGUCAGCCCCCACUGGUGCUACUGGGCUGCUCGGGGGCGGUGGCACCGGCACGCGGCCCCAGCCUGCCCCCCCCGGCCCCAGCCCAGCUCCUCCUAUUUAAAUCCUGACCCUGCUCCUCCUGACUCGCCCCCGUCUCUCACACACUGUACGCAGGUGGCAUUUCUUUUUUUUUUUUUUCCGUUUCCGGUGUGAAUCCAAAGCUUGUCAGGUCCUCCGCAUUUUUUUUUUUUUUUUUUUGGCCUUUUACGUUCUUUUCAUGGUGAUAAUGCUGUAUUUAAAGAGAAUAUUUAAGUGUAAAAAUAAAGAAGUGCUCAAACUUG